AUGAUAUCUGGUUAUGUGCUUAAUGGGAUGAACCCUAAUGCAUUGGAGAUGUUUAGAUGGCUGAUUGACCACAAAAUGAAACCGAAUCCAGUCACACUCUCGAGCACUUUACCAGCUUGUGCUGGUUUAGCUGCUUUAAAAUCGGGCAAGGAGUUACACUGUCAAAUUGUAAAAAAUGGAAUUGAAAGGUGUCAUGUGGGAACAGCGGUUGUAGAUAUGUAUGCGAAAUGCGGAAGGAUUGAUUUAGCACAUGAAGUUUUUGUAAGAAUGUCUGAGAAAGAUCCUGUUUGUUGGAACUCCAUGAUUACUAGUUUCUGCCAGAAUGGAGAACCAGAAAAAGCUAUUGAUCUUUUCCGUGAAAUGGGUUCCAAAUAUGAUUCGGUGACCAUAUCGGCUGUUCUUUCUGCUUGUGCAAACAUACCAUUGCUUAGUUAUGGGAAAGCAGUCCAUGGGUUCAUGACAAGAGGUGUGUUGAAAACCGAUCUUUACGCAGAGAGUGCGCUAAUCGAUAUGUAUGCUAAAUGUGGAAACUUGGAAACAGCAAGGACUGUUUUCGACAUAAUGGAAAAGAAAAGCGAAGUGUCGUGGAAUAGUAUUAUUUCGGCUUACGGAAACCACGGCCGUCUUCAAGAAUGUGUUUCUCUUUUCCGCCGGAUGGAAGAAUCCGGAUUCCUUCCGGACCAUGUCACGUUUCUUGCGGUAAUUUCCGCAUGUGAUCAUUCCGGUUUGGUUGAUGAAGGUUUCCGUUACUUUAAGUCCAUGACGGAAGAUUACGGAAUUACCCCUGGAAAGGAGCAUUACGCGUGUAUUAUCGAUAUGUAUGGGCGGGCGGGUCGUUUGAGUGAAGCUUUUGAGGCGAUAAAGGGGAUGCCUUUUGAUCCGGAUGCGGGUGUUUGGGGGAGUUUGCUUGGUGCUUGUCGUGUCCAUGGGGAUGUUGAGUUGGCGGAAAUGGCUUCAAGACAUCUUUUUGAGAUGGAUCCUGGGAAUUCAGGGUAUUAUGUGUUGUUGGCGAAUGUGCAAGCGGAUGCUGGGAAGUGGGAAGGUGUUAAUAAAACGAGAAGUAUGAUGAAAGAUAGAGGAGUUGAGAAAGUGCCUGGUUAUAGUUGGAUCGAGGUGAAUAAUGAGACCUAUGUUUUUGGGGCUGCGGACAAAGGUAAUCCUCGGUCUGAUGAGAUUUAUAUGUUGUUAAAGAAUUUCCUUUUGGUGAUUAAGGAUGAAGGGUAUGUGACAACUCUUCAGAAACACCAUAACAUGGUAGAGUUUUAUUAA